CUUUGACUCAUUCACAGUAUCAUAUUAUCAAGAAGGAUAAGGCCUGGGGUUACUUCUCCGUGCUUUUCGGAGGUCCGAUCAUGGACAUACCCGGAGAUGACUAUCAAAACCAACAGCCCUCGCCAGAACGCGACCUCAAGCACCUUCCCGGUGUGUUGACCCCGCCCUUUUGGGAAGCUAUUGCCGGACUUCAUCCUUGUCGACGUCUUCUUCGGGCCCUUGACGAAGUUUCUAUUCGAGCGCAUAUACCUGCUGGAGCAUCUCUCGCACGUCCAGGCCGGCUCCAUCCAGUCGACAUGCGUGUCCCUUACUGAUAAGAAAACAAGAUGAAAAAGGUUGGCUGUGAAUAUUAGGAAAGUCUCUCCAUGUCGUUCGUGGCAUGUACAAGGUAUAAAAGCGUUGUUCUUUUCCAUCCCUUCUCAAUCGUGUCCAGCCACCAACAUCUAUCGACUUAACAAACGCCCUCCGUUGAAGCACAAUGACACCUCACCCUUUAGAUAUCCUCUCGAUCGAGGAGACCACCAUUGCCCGUGACAUCGUCGCCGACCUCCACCCAGAUGCUGUCCUCACCUUUCGCGAAAUUUACCUCGAGGAGCCGCCCAAGGGACAAUUCAUUGAAUUCCUCACCGCCGAGCAUGCCGGACAAGACGCAGUGCGGCCUCACAGAACAGCCUUAGUGCAAUACGAUGUCAUCGAAUCUGACAUGAUCCCUCAUUCCCACGAAUCUGUGAUCGAUUUGGACGAAAAGAAACGAACAUCUCAUGCCGUGGUGGACGAGAACCAGCAUGCAGGACUGACAAUAGCCGAAUUUGAUGUGCUUGUCGAAGUGUGCAAGUCCUCGAAGAUGUUCAAGGACGUCUGCGUCGAGUUCACACUUCCAGAUGGAUUUGAGAUCAUUGUUGAACCCUGGCCAUAUGGCGGCAUGUCUGCAGAUGAAGAGAACAGACGUUACUUUCAAGGGUUGUGUUUUGCGCGCGACACGCGAUCUGGCAAUCCGGACUCCAAUUUCUAUGCCUACCCUCUACCGUUCAUACCAGUCUUGGACUUCCACAAGCGGGAAAUCGUACGAAUCGACCGGCUUGCAACGGGUGGAAAAGGCGACGCUCUGGAUGCCAAAACGCAUGCGAAAAAUAUCAUCGAUCACUGCGUUUCCUCCGAAUAUGUGCCCGAGCUUUUAGAGAAUGGGACACGAAAGAAUCUCAAACCUUUGAACGUACUACAAGCGGAAGGCCCGUCAUUCACGGUCGACGGACAGCUUGUUGAAUGGCAGAACUGGAGAUUCAGAGUGGGUUUCAAUCCCCGAGAAGGAGCUACUAUUCAUGACGUCCACUUCGCAGGAAGAAGCGUCAUGUAUCGACUCAGUAUGAGCGAAAUGACUGUACCAUACGCCGAUCCACGCGGACCGUUUCCCAGAAAGCAAGCAUUCGACUUUGGAGACGGAUCAGUUGGCAAUGCUGCCAAUAACCUCUCUCUCGGUUGUGACUGUCUCGGCGUGAUCAAGUACUUCGACGGCGUCAACACUGGACCAGAUGGUAGUGCAAAGGUGGCGCCGAACGUCAUUUGCCUCCAUGAACAAGACAACGGCAUCGGGUGGAAACACACGAACUGGCGGACGGGACGCGCUGUUGUCACAAGGUCCCGCGAGCUCGUCGUCCAAUUCAUCAUCACUUUGGCCAAUUACGAAUAUGUCUUUGCCUAUAAGUUUGACCAGGCUGGAGGCAUUACCGUCGAGACUCGAGCCACUGGUAUUGUAUCUGUGGUAAAUAUCGAUCCUGGGAAGACCAGCGCCUAUGGCAAUGUUGUCUCACCUGGUGCGCUGGCUCAAAAUCACCAACACAUUUUCUGCGUCCGUAUCGAUCCUGCAAUUGAUGGGUACAAGAAUACAGUACUGGCUGAAGAAUCACAUCGGGCACCCAUGAACAAAGAAACCAAUCCCAAAGGCAACUUCUACGAAGUUCGGCAGAAGGUGCUUGACCAAAGUCAACACUUGGACGCAGCGCCUAUGCACAAUCGUGUUGUCAAAAUCAUUAACAAGAGCAAGACCAACCCCAUCAGCGGUAAACCAGUUGGUUAUAAGUUCACGCCAGCCGCCACUCAGCUGCUUUUGGCUGAUCCGGACUCUGUGCAAUCGAAACGAGCACUGUUCGCUCAUCAUCACGUCUGGGUGACGAAACAUCAAGAUGGCGAGCUUUUUGCUGCGGGUCGCUAUACACUACAAUCCCAGAAUGAGAUCGGCGGCGUGGCUGAUGCGGUCAAGCGAAACGAUCACAUUGAGGAUGAAGAUGUGGUAGUCUGGAACGUCUUUGGCUUGACUCACAAUCCGAGAGUCGAGGAUUGGCCUGUUAUGCCGGUUGAAAUCCACCAGCUGCACAUCAAGCCGGUCGACUUCUUCACCGAAAAUCCUGCAAUCGACGUGCCGUCGAGCAAGAACGAGGCCUCGGUGCUUACCAAUGGUGCGACGAACGGUCAUGCUAAUGGUGCGAGCUGCUGCAAGUAAUUGGCAAUUGGAAUGGCCCUGAUCGUCUCGUUUUGCUUUUCAGCGACUUUCCUGUCUGGGCUAUGAUGGCAUCGACUGCGGUGGUCAUGUUCGCGGUUCAUGGUGCAGUACUGGGUAUUUUCUCCUUUUCAGACCAGAUUUCGUGCAAAUACAUGAUAGAGGAAGUUUAUAUGUAUUCGAAAGGCUUUAGGGUCUUCAUGAUGUCGACAUGAGCGCGUGACCGACUUUCAUUUCUCGGAAACCAGAAGACACAAGGGUUUGUUUGGAGCACAGGCCAUGCGAGGUAUAGUCUUGUCCCCCGCCAGUUUAACCAGAUACCUCCACGACUUUGCACCUAUUGGCGAAUAGUCGCUUGCCAUGCCCAAAUAAUGUGGAAUACAUUGCUG